ACAAAAAUUCAAAUUGAGAUUUGAUGUUUUCACAGCAGUGAACUGUGAACUUCUGCAUCAUGAUACCACAUAAUCUUGUAGUUGGUUACCAAUGUUUCAGAAGAAAAUAACAUUAGUGUAGAUGUGAAGAAGGAGGUGGUAAGUUCGUCCAAAACGUUGGUAACCACAUGGUAUCGCAAUCCAGAUCGAAAGCGUCUGAUAUAUUUCAGAUGAAGGAAGAAGGCUACCAGCAGUUGGUGUCAUCGUCUGGCGGCAACGCUGGUGUCGCAGCUGCCAUCGCUUCUCGAGCUUUCGACAUUCCCUGUACCGUGUAUGUACCAGAGUCAGCACAGCCAGUAUGCAUAGAACUCAUGAAAGACAAUGGAGCACAAGUCAAGAUUGUGGGAUCCAGUUAUGGCAUAUCAGAAGCAAUUGCACUUAAAGAAGCUGAGAAGCCAGGAACUGGGUUCUUAAGCCCUUAUGACCACCCAGAAAUUUGGUAG